GGAUUUUGGGGGUGGGUGGGUUUUUUUUCCGGUUUCUUGGGCCACUCAUGGGCUGCCCCCCCCCACUUCCGCUGCACUUCCGCGCCGACUUCCGCCAGGUGCCAGUUCGCCCUCGGACGUGCACAGCGCGCACGCUCCAGCGGCCCGCCCUGCUCCCGCGCCGGCGAUGCUGCGGCUGCAGCUGGGGGCUCCCGCGCCGCAGAGAUGGUCCAGGCCAGGGUCCUGAUCCUGACCAUCUGUGCGGCCGGCAUUGGAGGGACUUUUCAGUUUGGCUACAACCUCUCCAUCAUCAAUACCCCAACUUUGUACAUUCAGGAGUUCACUAAUGAGACGUGGCAGGCACGCACGGGGGAUCCCAUGCCCAAGCGUCUGAUUCUUCUGCUGUGGUCGCUCACUGUCUCGCUCUACUCGCUGGGGGGCCUCGUGGGGUCGCUGUUGGCAGGGCCCAUGGCCAUCAUGGUGGGGAGGAAGAAGUCCCUCCUGGUGAACAACAUCUUCGUGGUGGCUGCAGGGACCCUGUUUGCCUUCAGCCACAAAGCAGGCUCCUUCGAGAUGAUCAUGCUGGGCAGACUGCUCAUUGGAGUCAGUGCAGGUGUGAGCAUGAAUAUCCAGCCCAUGUACUUGGGGGAGAGUGCCCCCCAAGAGCUCCGAGGAGCCGUGGCCAUGACCUCAGCCAUCUUUGCGUCCCUGGGCAUCAUGAUGGGACAAGUGGUUGGACUCAGGGAGUUCCUGGGGGGUCCACAGGCGUGGCCCCUGCUACUGUCCAGCUGCCUGGUGCCUGCGGUGCUCCAGCUUGCCUCUCUGCCUCUGCUUCCUGAGAGCCCCCGCUUCCUCCUCAUUGACUGUGGUGACAUGCCGGCCUGUCUGGUAGCGCUGCGGCGACUCCGGGGUGGCCGGGACAUCACAGUGGAGCUGGAGGAGCUGGUGGCAGAGCAGGCUGCGUGCCAGGGCCAGCGGGCAAAGCGGCCGUGGGAGCUGUUCGGAGAGCAGGCCCUGCGGAGGCAGGUGGUCAGCCUGGUCGUGCUGGGCAGCGCCAUGGAGCUCUGUGGGAACGAUUCGGUGUACGCCUACGCCUCCUCCGUGUUCCAGGCGGCCGGCGUGCCCGAGGACAAGGUGCAGUACGCCAUCAUUGGGAUGGGAAGCUGCGAGCUGCUCACGGCCGCCAUCAGUUGUAUGGUGAUCGAGAGAGUGGGCCGGCGGGUGCUGCUGAUGGGGGGCUACGGCCUCAUGACCUGCUGGGGGAGCAUCUUCACUGCAGCCCUGUGUCUGCAGGACUCCUUUGCUUGGAUGCCUUACCUGGCCAUGUCCUGCGUCUUCGCCUUCAUCCUCAGCUUUGGCAUCGGCCCAGCGGGUGUGACGGGGAUCCUGGCGACGGAGCUGUUCGACCAGUCAGCCCGGCCGGCCGCCUAUGUGGUGUGCGGGGCGCUGCUGUGGACGAUGCUCUUCGUGGUGGGGCUGGGCUUCCCCUUCAUCAUGGAGAGCCUGUCCUCCUUCCUCUACGUGCCUUUCCUCGUUGUCUGUGUCUGUGGGGCCGUCUACACUGGUCUGUUCCUUCCUGAGACAAAAGGCAAGACCUUCCUGGAGAUCGCUCAGGAGCUCCACCGCCUCAACUUCCCCCAGCGCCACCGGGACCUGGCGCCCAGCUGGGGGGGCCUGGACGUCGUCCACACCACCGAGCUCUAGCCUCCGUGGGGAAGGCUGUCUAGCCCGGCUGCUGCCUCCCGUGCAACCUUCGCCUGGUGCCGCAUCCUUUAUUGAGGACCCUUGACGGAGCAUCGAGCGUGCCCCGGGAUCAGGGGUGGGUGAGCCCAAGGGUUAGGCCCCAGCACCCCUCACCUCGUCAGCUCACUGGAUAGGCAUAGGCACCCCCUUCAAGGCAGAAACGCUUUGGGGAAAGGGGGUUGCAAGUGUAUACUUGGAGAGUCUGGAGAGCAGGUUUCUGAGAAGUGGGGUUUGCGGGGGGGAGUGGGGGUGUUUUGUUUUUAAACUCAGCUUUAUCAAGGUCUAACUUGCAUGUAAGGCACCCCCAUAUCCAUUUGAAAGGAUGUAUUUGAUGUAACUGCUGGGACCUAGGAUACCACCACCAUACUCAAGGUGGAAGGUUUGGCAUCUGAGCCCCAGCCCCAAACUCCCUGGCAUUUGUGGUCAGCAUUUUACAGCUCUGUCUAAGGAAGGGCACCCUGGUGGCAUAGUGGUUCUGCCUUUGGCUGCUGACUGCCAGGUCAGCCGUUAGAAAUUACCAGCCAGCUAGCUGACUUUGGGUUCAUGUUACCUUUGCAUCCACCAGCCUGUGGCCCCUGCUGUCUCGGCUUCCUGUUCAUUAGCUUCCACCGGUCAGGAGCAGCUUGGCUUGAACAGGACGGGAUUCAUUGAUUUCUGCCAUUUCUUGAUAUAAACCUUUCUAUAAAAAACAAACACCUA